GCAUGUCUCUAGCCACCAUCGUCCCGUUCUGGGUCCUUUCAUAAUAACAACAUGGCUGCGUUGUACGGAGGCAGACACCGGUGGAAAAGGAUUAAUUGUUUGCACAUAUUUUCAAGAAAACUGACAGGGAAGUACGACUAUGACUUGUUGGUUAUUGGUGGGGGCUCUGGAGGUCUUGCCUGUUCCAAAGAAGCGGCACAACUGGGACAGAAAGUGGCUGUGUUAGAUUAUGUGGAACCAUCUGCCAAAGGUACCAAGUGGGGUCUUGGUGGUACGUGCGUUAAUGUGGGAUGCAUUCCUAAGAAGCUCAUGCAUCAGGCUGCUUUACUUGGGACUGCUGUCAAAGAUGCUAAGAAGUAUGGCUGGCAGAUCCCAGACACAAUCUCCCACGACUGGCCCACCAUGGCUGAGGCCGUUCAAAACCACGUCAAGUCGCUAAAUUGGGGCCACAGAGUUCAACUGCAGGACAAGAAGGUGAAAUAUAUGAACCUUAAAGGAAGUCUGGUGGAUGAGCACACUGUGAGAGGACUGAGUAAAGCAGGGAAGGAGACCGUCCUGACUGCCAAGAACAUUGUGAUCGCCACAGGUGGACGGCCCAAAUACCCCACUAAUAUUCCUGGAGCAGCGGAGCAUGGCAUCACCAGUGACGACAUAUUCUGGUUGAAGAAGUCUCCUGGAAAAACACUUGUGGUCGGAGCCAGCUAUGUAGCUCUGGAGUGUGCAGGCUUUCUCAAAGGCAUUGGCUUGGACACCACAGUGAUGGUUCGCAGCAUCGCCCUCCGGGGUUUCGAUCAGCAAAUGGCAAGCCUAGUGACAGACUACAUGGAAGCCCAUGGGACCAGGUUCGCAUGGAAAUCUGUCCCAAACAGAGUAGACAAACUUUCCUCAGGAGCCCUGCAGGUCACCUGGACUGACACCCAGACAGGGAGCGAGCACAAGGACACAUUUGACUCCGUGUUAUGGGCAGUUGGUAGAGCUCCUGAAACCAAAGCCCUGGGCCUAGACAAGCUUGGUGUUCAGCUCAACAAAGAGACGGGGAAAAUAGUCGUAGGUCCUGAUGAGUCAACCUCUGUGCCAAACAUCUACGCUUUCGGUGACAUCGGUGAGGGGCGUCCUGAGUUGACCCCGACAGCCAUUAAAGCUGGAAAGCUUCUGGCUCACAGACUGGCCGGUCAAAGCACUGAACUCAUGAACUACGACAACGUGCCCACCACAGUGUUCACCCCUCUCGAGUACAGCUGUGUAGGUUUGUCUGAGGAAGAGGCUGAGAAAAGGCACGGAAAAGAUGGAAUAGAGAUCUACCAUGCUUUCUACAAGCCCCUAGAAUUCACUGUUGCAGAGCGUGAUGCCAGCCAGUGUUACAUAAAGGUGGUAUGUGAGCAGGGUGGCAAUGGGAAGAUCCUGGGUCUGCACUUCACUGGUCCAAAUGCUGGAGAAGUUGCACAGGGCUUUGCUAUGGGCUUCCAGUGUGGGGCGACAUAUUCUCACCUGAUACAGACAGUUGGAAUCCACCCCACUUGUGCAGAGGAGGUGGUCAAGGUCCACAUCACUAAGCGCUCUGGCUUGGACGCCACAGUAACUGGCUGCUGAGGUUAAGCACCUCGGUCUCUGAACACACAGUGAGCACGCAGGAUCCUCGGGGUGAAAGCAGAAAGUUAGUUAGCCUAGGUUUAUCCUCCUCGUUCUCCUCCUAGCUCUCCAUUUCUAGAGGGCCCGCUGUUUACUCCGCUGAAACCUGUGAAUCAAUGUCUCUUCAUAGGCUGGUGAUGCAGGUUAUCUUCACUGACACACCAAGUGAUAACCGCAACUGUUAUCAUACAAUCUACACAAACGUUGUGUACAUGCUGUAAAAUCACCCAGCUAUAGAUGUGAGGUUCAUGAGAGGCCCGCUACAGAGCGAGCGUCUUUUAAAUAAACAGGCUCAUCAAUCAGGAUUACGGCCUGCGGUGAGAGUUUUGUUGAAACCGCACGAGAAAUGUAGACCGGGUCCGAGCGUUCUUCUGAAUAUAUAUAUUCUGCAAAUAUUGUUGUUUCUCUGGCUGUACUUCCUGUCCAUUAGUCUUGUAGGUGACACAUACCAUACACCCCACCCGCCCCCACCGUGACACUGAUGGAUGGCCCCAGGGCCUUCGCCACAGCGACACAGUUCCAUUUCCCAUGGACACACACAAAUAGUCGACGGGGCGCCUGUCAGUCAGCCAGCAAACUCCUGGGCCAGGGCACCCCUGCUUGUUUAGGGCCCAGCAGAGUCCUUUCGUUUUCCCUUCUGUGCACUCCACCAUCUACAUGCAUGGAAGCAGUGCAGUGGAACUACCAGUGCAUGCUGUCAAAAGCUGUAUGGAUGCCACAUCCCAGGCACGGAGAGCUCUAGCUAUGAAUUAGAGUGCUGUGAGUGAGAGCUUUAUUACAGCUGCAAUACUCAGCCUCACCCAGAGGCGGCACUGUUGUACUCCAAUUCUCCCCCCCUUUUUUUUUCUUUUUUUUUUUUUUUUUUUUUUUUUUUUUUUUUUGAGAGGAGCCAAGAAUGAAAGACAGGAUAGUCAGUGGAUAAAACAUAAACCUGAAUACAUUCAGGCUGCACAUUUAAUCCCUUUAAUCCCUAUAAAAGAUAUGUGCUUUUGGAUGAAGCUGGAAGGCAGACUGGCUUUAUUGGAGCCAAGCUGAUAAGGGUUAUCUGUUGUGUAUUUACAUGGAUGGCAGGUUAGUUCUCAAGAGUCAUCACCUUUGAAGAUAAGGUGAGUUGUUUAUAUCAAUAAAGCAGUAAUGGACCCCCACAGCCAAAGUUUUCAAGUUUUCAACCUGCUGCCUGCCGUAGACAUCUUGGGUUUAUUAAGUAGAUGAGGAGGGAGGAGGACUGUCAAUAAAGAGGCUUUGCUACAGAAAUGGAGGUGCCUAAGAGGAGGCUGCUCAGGGUAGUUUAUUUUUAUUUGAAGUCUAAUCUGCCCAGUCUGAUUAAUGAUUCCGAUGAGGGGAGUGACAGCGUGCCAGGAGAUGGAGAGAUGAAAAAGAAAGAAGGAGAGAGAGCUUCCAGGUUUAUUUGGACCCGGACUGGAGGAGAGAGCGAGAGAGAAGUGAGCUUCUGCCCUGGUUAGGGA